AGGGACGCCGGCUCCUCGCAAGAUGGCGGCGGGCGGGCGGCCAGAGGGGCCGGGGGACCGGGAAAAUUAAAGCAAUGGACUUAAACUGAAUUAAUUAAAAGUAAAUGACGUAAAAGAAAGGACUUUGGAAUUCAGGAUAAAAGGACGCAUUUCGUAAUUCUGGAUAACAAUUCAGAGGGACACAAAAGGUCCGUGCGCCCCCUGGAAUCGAACCCGCUCCCGGUCCGCCCAUCGCCCAUCGCCCUCUGCCCUUCCCCGCCGCCAUGCCGGGCCUCGGCCGUUUCUUGCCGCUGCUGCUGCUCGCCGCGCUCUGCCCACCCGCCCUCAGCCUCCGCCAUGGGCCCUCCAAGAUCGCCGUGGUGGGCGGCGGGAUCGGCGGCUCGGCCGCCGCGUAUUUCCUGCGGCAGAAGUUCGGCCGCAGCGUGCAGCUGCACGUGCUGGAGAAGGCAGCGCUGGGCGGCCGGCUGGACACGCUGGAUGUGGAGGGGGCCAGCUACGAGGCAGGGGGGUCUGUGAUCCACCCCCUCAACCUGCACAUGAAGCAUUUUGUCCAGGAGCUGGGCCUUUCAGCCAACACACUCCAGGGCAGCCCCUCAGGUGUUUACAACGGGGAGGAAUUUGUGUUUGAGGAGAGCAGCUGGUCCUUCAUCAACCGCCCCAAGCUGCUGUGGCACUAUGGGCUCAACCCCCUGCGCAUGUCCAUGUGGGUGGAGGACAUCCUGGACAAGUUCAUGAGGAUCUACCGGUACCAGAUGCACGACUACGCCUUCAGCAGCAACGAGCGCCUGCUGCACGCCCUGGGCGGCGACGACUUCGCGCGGCUGCUGAACCAGAGCAUCGACGAGGCCAUGCAGAAAGCAGGCUUCUCCCAGAAAUUCAUCAACCACGUGGUGUGUCCGGUCAUGAGGUUUGCUUAUGGCCAAGGGGUCACCGUCAAUGGCUUUGUUGGUGCUCUCCUUUCAGGCUGGCUGGAGUCAGGCCUUUGGUCUGUGAAAGGGGGGAACAAACUCGUGUGCUCCGGCCUCAUCUACUCCUCCAAGGCCGAGGUUAUCCCGGGAACAGUCGUGUCCAUAGAGCCAAAAACCAGACACCAGCGUGGUGGGGACACGGUGAAGCUCUACGAGGUCACCUACAACACGUCCUCGGGGCUCACAGGGGACACCUACGACAUCGUGGUCAUCGCGGCGCCGCUCGGCCGCAAGAUGGCCAACAUCACCUUCCGCAACUUCGACCCUCCCAUCCCGGAAUUCCCCAAUCCCUUCCAGCAGAUCUUCACCACCCUGGUGCAUGGGCGCUUGAACACCUCCUUCUUUGGCUACCAGGACCCCCAGGAUUUUCAUCUUGGAGCUGUUUUCACUACGGACAACCCCAAACUGUUCUUCAACAGCGUGAACCUGGAGCCCCCCGUGGGUGACGCGGGCACGGGCGAGACGCUGCCGCUGCCCUCGGCCGUCUGGAAGGUGUUUUCCAACGAGGAGCUCAGCAAGGAGCAGCUCAAUUUGCUCUUCUCCUCCUACGACUCGGUGAAGGUGAAGCCGUGGCUGGCGUAUCCCCAGUACAGCGCUCCCGAGAGGUUUCCCCCCAUCGUGCUGCACGAGCAGCUCUACUACCUGAACGGGCUGGAGCGCGCCGCCAGCGCCAUGGAGAUGAGCGCCAUCGCCGCCCGCAACGCCGCCCUGCUCGCCUUCCACCGCUGGCACGGCCACGGCGCCAGCGUCGACCAGGAGGACCUGCACGAGAGGCUCAAAACGGAGCUCUGACACACCCCCGGGGCUUAAUUAACGCUAACGAACUCUGUGCUGCGCCCCUCCGAGGAGGUGUUCCGUAGGAUCAUGGGAUCCUUGGGAUUGGAAGGUCUUCAAGAACAUCAUGACCUUCAACAUCUUCAUGAACAUCAAGACCUUCAAGAUGCUGUAAUUAACACUAAUCAACUCUAUAGUUUGCCCCUCCAAGGAGGUGUUUCAUAGGAUCAUGGGAUCCUUAAGAUUGGAAGAUAUUCAAGAUCAUCAUGACCUCCAAGAACAUCAAGACCUUCAAGACCAUCAGGAUGCCAUAAUUAACACUAAUGAACUCAGUGCUUCACCCCUCCUAGGAGGUGUUUCACAGGAUCAUGGGAUCCUUAAGGUUGGACAAGUUUCAAGACCUUCAAAACCAUCAAGAACAUCAAAACCUUCAAGACCUUCAGGAUCACCAAGAUCUUCAAGAUCUCCAAGAAUGAUCAAAACUUUCAAGGCCAUUAGGAUCUUCAAGACCCUCAAAAACAUCAAAACCUUCACAACCAUCAAGAGUCUCGAAGUUGUUAGGACCUUCAAGUCCAACCAUCAACCCAACCACGUUCACCAUUAACGAUCUCCUCAAGUGCCGCGUCCAUGCGUUGUUUGGACACUUCCAAGGGUUGAUGACUCUGCCACAGCCUAGGCUGGACAAGCCUUCCUUCCAUGACAAAAUUCCUCCCAAUAUCUCAUCUUGACCUCCCCUGGUGCUACCUGAAAGCUCUUAGGCCAGCUCAGGAGGGAACAGGAGCAGUGAAGCGUUCCCAAGUAAGCUGGGACAUUUGCCUCACACAGACUCCUCAAAGACCUUGAUUUAUCCUUGUCUGAGAUUGGGGAAUUCAUGAAAAAUGCCAUAUUGACCCCAAAAGUGCCCUCCAGCUGGGAAUAUCAACUCCCUGGCUGUCCAUCCCUCUGCCCCAACUUUUCCUGCCAAUGGAUUUUUCCUCAGGGUGGAAACUGGGGGGAAUGGGGUGGUGGGAGCUGCCAAAAUGGGUGGGAAAGAGGAAAAACCACCAACAUCCAUCACUGUGUUCAGGUAUGAAGCUAAUAAAGAAUUUAACAAUG